AUGGGUUCGGCGGCCGGGAAGUCCAAAGCCGCCGCCCAGCGCACCGCUCCGGAGGGGUCCACGGCCGCGGCCCAGGAGGAAGACAUGGAUGAAGGAUCCCUGACGGUGUCCGUGGCUUUCAUCGACGGCUCAGAGUUGACGCUGACGCUUCCAGGUGGUGCGCGACAUCCUCAUAUGGGUCCCAGGAGCCUCGACGAGCUGCUCCGCCAACUUGGGGAGCAGUUGGGCUAUCCCCGACGGUACCUGCUUCUAACCUUGGGUUCCCGGACGUUUUCUCGAGAUGACUGGGAAACCAGCCUAGAGGAGCUGGGGGUGCAGGCGGGCUCCCAUCUCACCUGCGUCAAGUCCACGCCGAUGAGCGAGGCGCUUCCGGCCUUUGUCGGCUUUGUGGGUGGAUUGAGGACGAGCUCAUCCAGCGGAGCGUCGAAGGUGUCUCUGUACUUUGAGCUUGCUGCUGAAGGCUGGCGGGAUUUCCCCUGGCGCGGGCCCGUGGACGUGGCACUGCAAGCCACGGUGGGAGACCUCUGGGAUGAUGCCCAGCACAUCCUGAUGGAAGUUGCAGAGAUGGCACCUCCGCCACGACGCGGCAACCCAUACGAUCUGCGACAGCGGCUCACAAUGCUCAUGUGGGGAACACUAUCGUUCAAGCGCUUUCAUCCUGCAGAGUGCCUUACCCUCGUGCACUGCCAUGGCAGGCCCGGUUCGACAACCAGCGAGAAAGUCCUGGCAGAGCUGAGAUUCCCUUCGGGUGACGGAUUGAAGGACGGUGACUGCUUCUCCGUCUACUCGGCCAUGGACUAG